AUAUCUUAAAUGACAUAACGACAUGUGAACAGACAAUGUGAAUAUGCACAUAUAUUGUGCAAUAUACAAUGCUCCUUUUCACCCGGAAUGUACGCCAUAAUAAACAACUCUCGAUUAAGGCUUGCGUUUAACGAUUCGAAGAAUCAUUUGGUGAUAAUUUUUGUCAAAGGACCUGGCUAAAAGACAUGCAAAAAUCGCGUCAAGGAAAAGCUGUGAUUUUACGUUGUACUGCUUCGAAGCUGAGCAAACACAUCGUAGUAUCAAGUGUCUGUGCUUUACUAAACACUAAUGGCGGCCAGUUUGUAAUACAAUGUGAUGGCAAUGCUGUAGGUGAUGAAGAAAUUGAGAAAAAGAUAAAAAUCGUGGAGCAAUGGAUUGAAGAACUUCUUGGUAAAAUGUUUAUGCUCGUCAAAAUCAAAUUCAAUGUUUCUCUUCAAGAAAUAUGCAUCUCUGUCGAAAAGUUCCAUGAUUUAGUGACUGUGGAUUACAAGAUGUUUCUUCCUUCGCCUUCACAAAUCUACAAGAUAUCAGGUCAAUCGUUGGUACUUGCUCGAGAAGCUGUAUUUGCGAAAAAUUCCAGUACGACAACAAGAUACGAUUUGCCAGUUGUGCAGGAAUCAUUUAUAUACGGAUCUAAAAUCUGUAUGUUUGAAUCAUAUGAAGUUCAGUUUAAACGAUUCAAGCGGGAGUCAACCAAUAGCACCAGCUUGGCAGAUAGACUUGUUGGUAACAAACUUCUGGAAACUAUUUCAGCGUUUGCAAACUAUCGCGGUGGAGCAAUUUAUGUAGGUGUUAAUGACGAUUCACGGGAAAUUCAUGGAGAACGAGUGACAGCAAAGGAAAAAAAAAAUAUUGCUGAACACGUUACCGAAAAAAUCCACGAAAUGGUUUGGUUUUCUCUUCAAAUGAAGCCUUCCCGGGGAGUCCAUUGGGACAUAUACUUUCGUGGCGUAGUUGACGAAAAUAGCAAGUUGAUGGAGUCAACGUAUGUUAUUGUUAUUGUUGUUGCUCAUUGUGCUGGUGGGGUCUCUGUUGGGGAACCAGAAAGCUACCACAUUGUCAAUGAUGUUGUAAAAAGAAUGGAUUUGGUAACAUGGACAGAAAGAUUUUUUCGAAAAGACUCAUUUUCUUAUUUUCCAACUUCUGGCAUUGAUCGAACUAAUUGGAGCUCUGAACGUAAUCGUGAUUUAUUUCAUCAUGUGAAUGGAUUAUUGAUACGAUCAAUUAAUUCUGGCUCGUGGGAUGAAUUUUGGGUGGAAAAGGAAAAGCUAGAAGUAGAGAAUUCCAACUGCAAAAUGAUUAAACUGGUUGUUAUUUCGAAUGAAAUAACUGCCCAUUACAAACUUGGGCGUUUUGACCGCGUGAAAGAUGGGAUUAAAGACUAUGAAUCACUUUUGAGUAAAUCUACAGUUGAUGCAAAUAUUAAUGAAGCUCGUUUGUAUCUUUUAAAGUCUUGUAUUCAACGAUGUCGGGGUAACAUUAAGAAUAGUUACGAAGAAGCUAACAAAGGCUUAGCAAUUGUUGAUCGACUCCCACGUGGUAUUGUUGUCGGUGAAUAUUUUGCAGUCUUGCUGCCGUAAUCACCAUUCUUCUACAGCACGUAACCGAGCCGGAGCAGUUUCAAAAUUUGAUUAAAAUGGGUACUACUUUUUCUGAAAAAGCAAUCAUGAAUCUUGACGAUACAGAAUAUUGCGAUUUAUCGAAAUUUGAUCAAAAGCAGAAGGCACACAUUAAUCUUGCUUUUUUGCAUCUACAAUCUUCUUUCAUGGUUUGCACCAAACCAGAAAUUAAAAUAAGUAACAAGGAUUUGGAGAUAGCUAAAGAAAGUUUAAAUGCCGUUGACGAGUUGAUCAACAAAGGUUAUCCCCUCACAGAAUAUCGUGAAUGUCACUAUCAUCUUGCGCGAUCAAUGCUCUUUUAUCGACGUUCUCAAAAAGCUGAUUUUCAAGAGGUGGAGAGACUACGCAAUGAGGCCGUUCGCUUUUUAAAGAAGGCUGAAGACUUAGCAACUAAAUGUAAAUUUAAAAGCUUGGUAGAAUGUUCUCGUAAAUAUUUAGACAUGUUUCACCUAUACCCUUGAUGUUUUCGAUAUUAUAACUAAACGUUAGCUAAAACUUUUAUAAAUGAAUUAAAGAGAUUUUUCUACAAAGAAA